AGCCGGGCGGCCCAAUGAACGGGCUAGUUUCCGUGGUUAGGGGCGUGGUAGAAGCGGUCGUCAGGGGCGGGGCGGCAGUUGCUUGGGCGGGGCCGGUAGCGGCGGGAGCUGCACUGGCCAGGGGUUCCGGCUGCAUUUCCAUGAGCGCCGGCGGCAGCGGCGGAGCUGCGGAGACUGGACUGAGGGCGAGCUGGGCCGCUGUAGUCAACCGCGCUCAGGUUAAAUUGAAUAAGGGAUCUGACCUGACUGGCCCAGCCAUACAACUCCUCAAGAACAGUUCAUAGUCACAGUGGAGAGAUCAAGAUGAAUGCCAUGCUGGAGACCUCCGAGCUUCCGGCCGUGUUUGAUGGGGUGAAGCUGGCCGCAGUGGCUGCUGUGCUGUAUGUGAUCGUCCGGUGUUUGAACCUGAAGAGCCCCACAGCCCCGCCUGACCUCUACUUCCAGGACUCAGGGCUCUCACGCUUCCUGCUCAAGUCCUGUCCUCUUCUGACCAAAGAAUACAUUCCACCGUUGAUCUGGGGGAAAAGCGGGCACAUCCAGACAGCCUUGUAUGGGAAGAUGGGAAGGGUGAGGUCACCACACCCGUAUGGGCACCGGAAGUUCAUCACCAUGUCCGAUGGAGCCACUUCGACCUUUGACCUCUUCGAACCCUUGGCUGAGCACUGUGUGGGAGAUGACGUUACCAUGGUCAUCUGCCCUGGAAUUGCCAAUCACAGCGAGAAGCAGUACAUCCGCACCUUUGUCGACUAUGCCCAGAAAAAUGGCUACCGGUGCGCUGUGCUGAACCACCUGGGCGCCUUGCCUAACAUUGAGCUGACCUCGCCACGCAUGUUCACCUACGGCUGUACCUGGGAAUUUGGAGCCAUGGUCAACUACAUCAAGAAGACGUAUCCCCUCACCCAGCUGGUGGUUGUGGGCUUUAGCCUGGGCGGUAAUAUCGUGUGUAAAUACUUGGGGGAGACCCAGGCCAACCAAGAAAAGGUCCUUUGCUGCGUCAGCGUGUGCCAGGGCUACAGCGCACUGAGGGCCCAGGAAACCUUCAUGCAGUGGGAUCAGUGUCGGCGCUUCUACAACUUCCUCAUGGCUGACAACAUGAAGAGGAUUAUCCUCUCGCACAGGCAAGCUCUUUUUGGAGACCAUGUUAAGAAACCCCAGAGCCUGGAGGACACAGACCUGAGCCGCCUCUACACGGCGACAUCCCUGAUGCAGAUCGACGACAAUGUGAUGCGGAAGUUUCAUGGCUAUAACUCCCUGAAGGAAUAUUACGAGGAAGAAAGCUGCAUGAGGUACCUGCACAGGAUUUAUGUGCCUCUCAUGCUGGUGAAUGCAGCUGAUGACCCCUUGGUGCAUGAAAGUCUUCUGACCAUUCCAAAAUCUCUUUCGGAGAAACGAGAAAAUGUCAUGUUUGUGCUGCCGCUGCACGGGGGCCACCUGGGCUUCUUUGAGGGUUCCGUGCUGUUCCCUGAGCCCCUGACGUGGAUGGAUAAGCUGGUGGUGGAGUACGCCAAUGCCAUUUGCCAGUGGGAACGUAACAAGUCGCAGUGCUCUGACACGGAGCAGGUGGAGGCCGACCUGGAGUGAGGCCCCCCUCCCCAGACUCUGACGCGCUCCAGCCCCCUCCUCUGGAACUCGCGUCCCUCAACGAUGAUGGCUGUUUCAGGUCUCCCAUCUCCCUCAGUGACCUGGAUCUGACCUCACACCAUCAGCGGGGGAACACCCCCCAGGCACACCCGUCUUAACAGUAGGUGGCUUUCCCUGGGAGCUCCAGGCAUAUUUUUGUGCUCAGUUCCUGGUUUUCUCCAUUGCAUUGUUAGCCAUGGUGACGAGCAACGGGAUUCUUACCCUCCCGUCCAGCUUCAGCAUCUGAUUGCUUUCAAGCCAAUUACAUCUAGUUUCCCUAUAAAAAAAUGUGUCUCAACAGCAGUUUUGCUUUGCCAAUCAAAAGGCUUUUCCCCAAGAAGGCAGUGAAGAAUGUAUGUUAUUUUGUGGUGGUUGUAUGUGUCCUUACUUCGACCCUAAAAAUAGCCAAUGCUGCACAUGCAGCUCAGCUUGGGAGCCCCAAGUCCCGGGCCUCCCAGGCCAGACUGUGGCCUCUCACGUGGCAAUGAAAAUUCCUUUGCGUCACAAGCUGAGUUUCUCCCUCACGAUCUCCUAAGACAGUUUGCUGACCCCCUGCUGCUGAUAAGAGUUCUCUGGGGCUCUUGUUAAAAAUUCAGCCUCCCGGGUCCCUCCCCUUGCUGGGUCUGGGGAGGGGUCUGGGGAUUUUAAUGUUUGACAAGUGUCCCAGGUGAUUCUCAUCACCAGGCAAACGUGGGAAAUACGGCUGAGCGAGGCCUUUAAAUUAGAAGCAUCUCGGUAGCCUGUGUUAUUGAAAUUAGCUGUCAGAGGUGUCCCUUAGCUCCCAGGAACCUCCAAGACAGCAAGGCCUGUCGAGUGCAGCUGCUCUGGUGUGAUCGCCGUGAGACAGCUCAGAAGGGGCCUGGGCCUGGUCGAGGACUUCUGGCCACGCCUGACGCUGCUUCUCACUGGCUAUAUGACCCUGAAAACGUUCCUUUGAACUUCAGUCUCUUCACUGUAAAGUGGGGGGCUUGGACCAGGUAGAUUGCCGAGAUCACUACCAGUUCUAAAGUUCAAUGACAAACUCAGUUUACUGAGGUUUGAGAGAACACCUCUCCAGGGGAGCCUGGGAGCUAGUGUAAGCAUAUAGAUGUCAUCAUUUGCCUUUUCUUUUUCCUCCCUCAUUUCAUAGAAAGAGGUUUGUUUGUUUGUUUUUAAAGCACUUAGUUAUAAUUUUAUUUUUUUAAUCCAGUUCUCUCUAACUCUGGCUUUUGCUAUCAAACCAUUCAAAAGUUGGAUCUGAGUUUGGAGAAACAGCUUCCCAACUGAAGAGGGUGUGAUUUUGCAACAUGUUUAAUAGUUUCUAUUUGUUGGCUAGACCUUUCCAGAGUGUGUCUUCUGAAAUGAGAAGUCACUCUGCAUUUCAAGUACUCCUUUCCUCCAACCCUGUGGUACUUGAAUGUCUAAAAACCCUGCACUUUUUGAAAAAUCAGCAGAUUCUGGGACUAAACAGAAUGAUGAGUGAAAAGAUGUAGAUAAAUUUCCCUGAUUCCUCUCCUCUUCUCUAGGACUGACAGGAACAUAAAUGAUGAGUCUGCAUGUGGGUGUCCAAGGGGUAAAGGGAACCACCUGGGGGCCUGGAUGCCACCCUCAUGGCCAGAGGUGGCUGCGACUUGGGCAUCAGUCCGAGGCAUACGACAGUAAUGUCUGUAACCUGCAGAAGCUGUUUUCUGACAAUCACCAGAUCGUCCCAACCUAUAACAACAAAAAUUGCUAUUACCUGACAAGACUGAGACUUCUGUGGUCUUAGCUUUGCUUCGGUACAAUUUUUCACACACAUCAAAUUCAUCGUUGUGACGCCCUCACUCCCGGGUGUUAUUUUUCGAGUGCAUUUCUUUUUCACAUCCUUUUAGCACAACUUGGCACUUUAUCAUCUACCCCUCAGUUUGGAAGCUAGUCCCUCCCCCUGGUACUGUCCCUCCAACCUCCAACCUCCAACCGCAGCUGUGUUCUAGAAGAUUCGUAGUCAUAUUUCCUACCUUCGUGUCUCAAGCCUUUUUGUGAAAUUAGGUAAACGAAGCAAUAACUUCACGGGGUCGGAAAGCAAGAGGCUCCUUUCAUUUGCCUUAGGUCAUGUCUCUUGAUCUGUUCCAGCGAAGCAGUGGCCAGAUACCAACUCCACUCAGGAGGAGAAAACAGUCUUGUUACACCCUGGGGGGGCGGGGGGGCAGAAGUCCUUGGAGUCUGGAUGGCGGUUCUGAUGGCCCACGUAGGAGAGGCAGGGCUCAGGGCAUACUUUGUCACCACGCAACCGGAACUUACCCCGCAGGGCUGUGGGGGCCGUGUCCCAGCUGAAAUCUUUUUAGUGUAUGACUCUGAAUGGCACUUAUAUUCCAUUCUGGCUCACAUGAAAUCAACUGAAGCCCUUUGUUCAAGCUUUAGGCUCUCGGGCAUGGAAAUGAGGGUGUAUCUGUGGCUGUCUUACAGGAAAAUUCUUGUUUGUCUCUGAAUGAGAGCACAGAGGCAUUGAAUUUACAGAGAUGCAAGCUUGCCUACUAAACAAGGGAGCAGCAUUUUAUAUGUAGGUCAGCUUUUCUUGCUUUUCAUUCAUUCCUGAUGAUAAUGUGUGGGCUCUUCUUGCUAUUGAGGUUCGACUAGGGCUAAAACAAGGCUGAAUUUUCAAAGAGCAUUUGAAUAGUGUAUUUUAAAAUCAGGGAGUUUCCUGAUUUUAAACUAGCAGUGGCCUAGCAGUCUAAGGAUUCAGUGUUGUCAUUGCUGUGGCUCGAGUUUGAUCCCAGGCAGGAAUUUUCACAAGUCAUGGGCAGACCCAAAAAGAAAAAAAAUCAGAUUAAGGAUAUAAAUCGCAGAGACAUACACAGUUUUGGGGUAGGGGGGGUGCGCACCCAAGGCACGUGGAAGUUCUCAGGCUGGGGACCAAACCCACAACCAGAGCAGUGACAGUGUCAGAUCCUUAAGCACUAGACCACCAGGGAACUCUGAGACCCAGACAAUUCUAUUGCAGGAAGAGCAUGUUAGAAACCAAGGAGGAGUUCCCAUCAUGGUACAGCAGAAACGAAUCCGACUAGGAACCACGAGGUUGUGGCUUGGAUCCCUGGCCUCACUCAGUGGGUUAAGGACCCGGCGUUGCUGUGAGCCGUGGUGUAGAUCGCAGACGCAGCUCGGAUCUGGUGUUGCUGUGGCUCUGGCCUAGGCCGGCGGCUACAGCUCCAAUUAGACCCCUAGCCUGGGAACUUCCAUAUCUCGUGGGUGCAGCCCUAAAAAACAAAAGGGGACAAAAAAGAAAAAAGCAGGUUUUCACAUUUGUCCAGGUUGUACUCCCUGCCUCUAAACAGUUUCAAGACAAUACUGAGUAACUGCUCCCCAUCAAAUUAGGAUUAUCUGACUUGAAAUAUGGUCUCAAGCCUCCUUCCUGCGUUUAUGGUCAUAGGGAGUGUAACGCACUUGAAGAAAACCUGUUACCUUCCUUGUUGUGAGUGUGCACCAGUGAUUCCAGAGCAGAAUGAAGGUGCAGAGUUGUUAGUUGUCACUACAUUCUUUGAACCUCCCUGCAGGGUUUUACACACACCUUAAGAGUAGGCAGCAUCCCUUUCUUGACUGGUGUUACGGAACUAGGGUCCAGGAGGCCUGGGUUCUUGUCUUCUCUCUAAUCCCCAUUGGAUUAUGGGUAAUCACUUCACCUCCCUGGGCCCGGGUUACCUCAUCUUCGACUUAAGUUCCCUUCCCCUAUUUACACGGCCUCUGCCAGAACAUCCCCACUCGCCUUCUACAGCCUUUGCAGGUGGAAACUAGUAUGUCAAGGCUCAUCCUGAGGGGACUUGGAGAGCGGCUACUGUGUUCAGUCUUUGCUGGUGAAGUCUUUGCUCUGACACGGCCCAGAGCCCUGUGUCUCUGACCUGCUUCUCCCAGAGCCUCCACUGUCAUCUCACCAUCUUUUCCGUGCCGAGGGUGGUCUUAUGACCGGGCCAGGUGCUGACCCUUGGAACGAGGCAACCAGCCCCAUCCUUCUAUGGGACUCGGGCAAGCAUUGAGAGUUCCCAGCACAGAAAUCCUUCCUGCUCAGGCUUUCAUUCUAAAACUACAGCCUUCAUUAAAGCUGAACUUUCUGGGUAGCUGAGCCUAUAUGCCUGGCAUCUGAAUGAGCGCUCUCUUUGUCACCGGGUGGCUGGAGAUUCAUUUUGCCGGCUCCAGGCAAACAAUACAUGUGUUCUUGUUUGUGUUUGCCAGGCAGGCAGAUGUCUGAGAUGUGAGAAGCUUUUCUUUUCCCAUGGCAUCGAUCCUGACUUAGAGCUAAAGUAACGAUCACUGAGACAUCACGUUGAAUUAAAAGAACUCAGAUCUUUGUCCUCUAAGGCAGGACAGCGAAGUUAUUAAGAAGCAUUUCAUUGUAGCGUCUGCCCACAAUGUCAUCUGGCAUCAUUUUCUUGGCCCAGAAAGCCUUACCUGGCCUCUAGGACAGCCCCUGGCAUGACAAUGAUCUUGUGGCUUUGGAAUUCAAAUUCUUCUUUUGUAGAAGCUCAAAAUGAAGCCACAGCAAGACCAGAGAAUUUCUUCAUGCAGCCUCUUUUACAGUAGGCACCCCCACCCCUCACCCCGUGACAGUGAGCAAUCCAGAACUGGCCACACACCUCAUCUCAGAUGCCUUUCUUCCCUGUCACCCUCCCUCCAUUGUUGAAGCCACUUGGGAUGAGUUGGAUAUUUCCAAAAGCCAUGAGAAGUAGCCUACCUGUGACAUUUAGAGGCCAAGCAAUUGAGGGAGAGUUUCCUUUUUCCUCUGUUAUCAAAGCAGAGGGACGUACCCCCUCCACCUUCAAACGAGGGUUGCUUUUGCCAAACUAUAUUUGAAGGGGAGCAGACCACACGGGCAGUGAGAGCCCAAGUGUCAUCCAGCACUAACAGUGCUUCCUCUUGCCUGUGUCGCUGCUCCUGCCUCUGCCCCUGCGGCCAGGCAUCCCCCCAGGUGGCCGUUGGAAGCAGGCAGCAGAGCCCAGCUCGUCAGCCAUUCUCAGACCCCAGGCAGUAGACAGCUGCCCCUUUUGUAGGAACCAGCCUCCCACCCCCCCACCCCACACACCAUGUCUUCUGAACCAUCUUUCCCAGCAUGUAAGUGGGUAAAGUGUUCAGCUAAGUCUAGUGAAUAAGCAAAAGUGAAUUUCUAACCAGUGAAUUAAGUCCUUUCACUCGAUUCCUGUCCAUUUAGUAAGGAAACCUAGAACCUACCCCCCUCCGGUCCCCACUAGCCAAGAAACUUAUCUAUCGCCAUAAGUUGGGGACGGUCCACUUAGAGCACCUGCAGAAACAGCCUUCGUCGCGAUGGGCAUUCUCCUUCCAGACCACCCACGUGGAGCAGCCAACAGCCACGUAGAGGUGCUGCUGCCCCUCAGCCCCAGGGCCAGCCACCUCCCUCCCAGGCUGUUUGGGUGGGUGGACCAAGCUCCUGGGCGUGGGCGUUAGCUUUUGUUUGGUCCGCAUUUUGGCCUCUUUAGUUUUCCUAAAGCACAAGUCCACGUAGAAUCCUGUCACCUAUCCACACCAGUUUCAGAUGCUCUGGGUCCCCCCCCCACUGCCUCAGGAAGACCUUCACUGUACCUGAGCUUUUGACGUCUGCCACUGCAGCUGCCUUAGUGACACCAGGGGCUGGGGGGGUGGGGGUAGCAAGGAGCCAGUUUGCAGUUCCCGCCUUUCCUGGUUAGACUCCUGUUAACCAUGUUCUUCUGUUAGCAAAUCUGCUUCCAGAUUGAUUUAUGAGAACCAUCACUUUCACAUUCCUAACUUUGGUUUGUUUUGUUUGAUUUCGUUUUGUUGUUCUGUUUGUUGUUUUUGUUUGAUUUUCUGAAUCUUCAAAUGCUGCCCUGAAAAUAAUGUCUUUUUUGAGUUUGUGUUCCGAAAGCCUCCGUGCUGCUGGAUUUGGGGGAGGGCCGGAUACAGGAUCCCCCAGCACUGAGGUGUUUAAGAUUUGCAACUAGCAAUGCAAUUUUUUCUAAAUAUGAGGAUAUUUACCUUUAUUAAGAAACUAUACUAAACAAUGGUAUCCUUGAUCAUUUUAUCUUCUCAUUUUAUGUUUGGUUCUAUUUUGAUUCUGUGUGGUGGUAAACAAAGAUCAUUACAAACAAAAACUGUACUUUUAUUAUCUUUGAUUCAAUGGAAUUUCUUUACUUAAAAAAAUAAAAGACUAAAAAUGUGG